UAGUUUUAGUUAGCCUACGUAAGACGUACCUUAUAGGCUCGAAAAAAAAAAUACCUUUAAGAUAAAACUGAUCUCCUUGAAAUUGCUUUAAAUUCACACAGUGAACUCAGCUAGUGUCCUCUGCGCAAUCUUCUUUCUUGAUUUUGACCAGAAAUAGAUUAUACGAGUACACAAAUUAUAUGUCAGGCAGUGUAUGAGGAGGUAAAAGCUCGUAUCUGUCAGCAGAGGAGCUCAUUCACCUGGUGAACAACACAGAGCGCGAGCAGCGCAGCCUACGCACUUUGGGUUUGUCCCAUUGCAAGAGACGCGCUCAGUGCGCGCGCUCCCCGAGGACAUCCAGUGACCGGGCGUUAUAGAGGAGCGCUUCCGACCCUCUCAUCUGUCAAUCAACCAUGUGGUUCAUCAAUCUAACUUUGCUCGUUCUCAAACUGUCAGUGUCUGCGGAAGGAUUCUCCACGUGCCAUUCCUACAACUUGGACGACCACAAAUCCAAAAGGAUCGAGGCGGUGCGCGGACAGAUUCUGAGCAAGCUACGCAUCCGCAGUCCACCGUACCCCGAAGCCAGCACGCAACCAUCGGUCCCGGUGGAGGUGAUGUUACUUUACAACAGCACGAAGGAGCUGCUGAAGGAGCGCGCGCGCCAGCCCGAAAGCGCGUGCGAGCGGGAGAGCAGCGAGGAGGACUAUUACGCCAAAGAGGUGCAGCGGGUCAAUAUGAUGCCACUGCGCACAGAUACCAACUCAAUCAACCCGGUUCCUCAGAGCCCGUACUUCAGGAUAGUGGGCUUCGACGUCACCAACGUGGAGCGAAAUUCCAGUACUUUGGUCAAAGCAGAAUUUCGCAUCUUCAGAGCUCCAAACCCAAAGGCUCGCACCACUGAGCAGCGUGUGGAAAUAUACCAGAUUCUCAAAUCGGAGGACGUGACGGCCCCGUCCCAGAGGUACAUCGACUCCAGAACAGUAGAGCCUCAUGCCAAGGGGGCAUGGCUUUCUGUCGAUGUCACGGAGACUGUGAAGGAGUGGAUGGCGUUCAGAGAGAGAAAUCUUGGGCUCAAGAUCAGCGUUCACUGUCCCUGCUGUACAUUCGUCCCCUCCACAAACAAUAUUGUCCCUAACAAGAGUGAAGAGUUGGAAGCCAGAUUUGCAGGCAUUGAUGACGACCUUAUAAAGCAGAAAAGAAGACCAAGUUUGACUAAAGGACAGAUUGAAUUUAGCACAAAAACCCCACAUUUGAUACUAACCUUGCUGCCCACCGACCGCCUGGACAACCCCACCAAGAAGAACCGCAAGAAGAGAUCAGCAGCAGACACUUCCAUAUGCACACGGCCUGAUCAGGGCUGCUGUCUGAGGUCUCUGUAUAUUGAUUUCCGCCGGGACUUGAACUGGAAGUGGAUCCACGAACCCAAAGGCUACAAAGCAAAUUUCUGUGCGGGGAACUGUCCUUACUUAUGGAGCGCAGACAACCACUACAACAUGAUUCUCCCGCUGUAUAAUAAAAUGAAUCCAGAAGCAUCAGCAUCUCCGUGUUGUGUUCCCCAGGACCUGGAGCCCCUCACCAUCGUUUAUUUCCUAGGCCGAACGCCCCGUGUGGAACAGCUCUCCAACAUGGUGGUCCGGUCCUGCAAGUGCCGUUGAUUCAGUGGAGAGAGAGAGAGAGAGAGAAGACAGAGAUCUCAGAGGGAGGACAAAAAAACAG